CUUCACUCCAGCUCCGAACACAAAUCUCCGACGAAAACCUCUCUCAAGCUUUUCUCUUUUUCUCUUCUUCUCUUCUCUUUAAUGGCGACACCUACUCAGGAAGCAAUUGACACCUUUAUGACCAUCACCGGUGCUUCCAAUGCCGUCGCCGUUCGUAAGCUUGAGGAGUAUCGUGGGAAUCUCAAUAGAGCUGUGAAUGCAUACUUUACUCAUGGAGAUCAAAAUUCGCUCCAUGAAGAUCCAGCUAAUAUCCCUCAGGAUGAUGCUAUGGAUAUAGAUGAUGGUGUGACUCCAGUCCUCUCAGAAGCUAGAACAACGGUCCCGUUCCCGCUUCAGGAUCCAAACUUUGGGACAAGUCUAUUUGAUAAUGAUCCUCGUAUGCCACGUCCCCCAUUUGUUAGUCAUCUAAGGGAGGUCAGGCAGAUACCUAUAGAGGUUAAGGACAGCAUUGGGCCAUCAGGUCAAUCUAAUGGUGCUCCUACUAUUGAGGAUGUGACCGAGACAUCUCAAGCUCAUGGUCCAGCUGCCCAAGAGGCGGUCAUUAUAGAUGAAGUGAGUGAUGAUGAUAGUCAGUCUGCUCCAACCGGACAAAGUAGGCAUGGUGUACCUGUUGGUUCUGCACACAAUAAUUUGCAAUAUUACAAUGAUAUAGAAGAACAAAUGAUUCGAGCUGCUAUUGAGGCCUCAAAAAUGGAGACUGGCGAUGACGUAACAAAAUCUGUCACAGUGCAGUCAGCAGAGGAAGAAGUGUUGCGCAGUGAAGGUUGGAAGGCUUCAUCCUCAGAAAGAGAAGCUACUGAAGUGGUUUCUAUUCCAGAACAGCAGGGUACCCGAGCCUCAAAUGGAAGAUUCGCAGCACCUAGCUCACUGUCUGAGGAUGAUGACGAUGACGAUGACCCUGAUUAUGUUGAGGAGGAAGAGGAACCCCUUGUUAGGCACAGACCAAGACGUGCGGUUUCUGGAUCUCGGAGCUCACUUAAUGAUGAUCUUCCCCGUAGCCCUGAAGCAGAAGGUGCAACUAUUCAUUCACCGGAUGCGGGCAAUGGUUUUCCUUCCGAGUGGGGAGGCAUUUCUUCUGAGGAACAUGAUGAAGCUAUCAUGCUAGAGGCUGCCAUGUUUGGUGGCAUUUCUGAGAGUGAAUAUGGUGUUCCUUAUGCACAUUAUCCGCAAAGGGCACAGCGUCCACCCUCACCGUCAUUGACAGCUCAGAGGUUGAUUCGAGAACAGCAGGACGAUGAGUAUCUUGCAUCGCUGGAAGCUGACAGGGUAAAAGCUGAGGCUCGUCGAUUGGAGGAAGAAGCUGCUAGAGUGGAAGCUCUUGAAGAAGCAAAGAGAAAGGAGGAAGAAGCUCGCAGGAAGGUCGAAGAGGAACAGGAGCUGGAGAAGCAAUUAGUUUCCAAGGAAGCGUCUCUGCCUCAGGAGCCACCAGCAGGCGAAGAGAACGCCAUCACACUUCUAGUCAGAUUACCAGAUGGCACCCGCCAUGGCCGCCGGUUCCUUAAAUCCGACAAACUCCAAUCACUUUUCGACUUUAUAGACAUCUGUAGAGUUGUGAAGCCCAACACUUACAGGCUGGUAAGGCCAUAUCCUCGGCAUGCUUUUGGAGAUGGGGAAUGCUCAUCGACUCUAAACGAUGUCGGUUUGACAAGCAAACAAGAAGCAUUGUUCUUGGAGCUGAUCUAAAAUGGUUAUUCUAUUGGGGUUACAUAUCUUAUUCUUUU